AACCUUUUCUACGGACGCAAGAUGGCUCAGGUGUUCGACCUCAAAGGUUCUCUGAGGAACCGUAACGUGAAGACGGACUCGGGGAAGGAGAGCUGCGAGGUGGUUCUGCUGGACGAGAACCUUCUGAAGUUGAUCCACGACAACCCGCUGUACAUCCGCUCCCACUGUAAGGCCAUCCUGCGCGCCGCCAUCCACAGCGACGCCUACUUCCUGUCCAGCCACCUCAUCAUCGACUACUCGCUGCUGGUGGGGCGCGACGACGCCACGGAUCAGCUGGUGGUCGGGAUCAUAGAUUAUAUCAGGACGUUCACCUGGGACAAGAGACUGGAAAUGGUCGUCAAAUCCACUGGAAUUCUGGGAGGUCAAGGGAAAAUGCCCACCGUGGUUUCUCCGGAGCUGUACAGAGCUCGGUUCUGCGAGGCCAUGGACAAAUACUUCCUGAUGGUUCCCGACCACUGGACCGGCCUCGGCGUCAACUGCUGAGCGGAGCGUCGAGUCCGAGUGCCGAAAAUAAAGAACCGCAGGUACUCACUCUGCUCUGCACCCGAGCUCAACACAAGCACACCGGACGCCGUCGGCGUUUGUGCGGACUGUACGCAGACCCGAACGCAGCGCAGUAUCAUUCCACGCUGGUCGUCUCCAAAACGUCUCAGACCAGAUUUUAUCUCGGCAGUAUUACCAGAUUCUAAUUUAUCCUUCUUUCAAAGAGGGUUUGUUGUUUUAUCGGUGCCAUGAGUCCAAACUGUUUCACGAGGACCCGCUGAAAAACUUUCAGUUUUGUGUUCAUAGUUUGGUAAACAAACUAAUAAUUUGUGUAAUUUAAAGUUUGUAAAUGUACAGAGAUUAUGUAACUAUUAAAAGAAUAUUAACACUGA